CAAAAAAAGUCGCUCUCCGCUCGCUCUAUCCCGGGCUGGUCAUUACCCUCGUCUCCCUCCCUCCCUCCACACAAGUGACCACUCUAUCCCCUUCCACCGUCUCCAACAGCCACAAGCACAGAUAUGACCGCCGACAAGAAGACCCCCGUGCUGAUCGGUCUGAGCUUCGGUACGCUCAACUCUACCCUCGCUAUCGUCGGAAAGGACGGCAGGGGUGAAACUAUUGCAAACGAAGACGGUGACAGAAGUAUCCCCUCUUACUAUGCCUUCACGGGUCACGGAGAGGAGCUAGCGGGUUCCCAGGCAAAGGUCCAGGCAAUGUCCAACCCGUCGGGAACGAUAACUCAAUUCAGGAACCUUUUGGGGAAAAAGUUCGAUGAUGAAGUUACAAAGCACCAAAUCGACGCUUUGUUCAUGAAUAUUAUCGCCUCGUCAAAGGACGCUACGCUCCCCGCCUACGAAACCGAAUCCUGGCCUGAAGACGCCGAGGAGGCCAAAAAGGAGGAGCACACACCACAGGAGGUUGCGGCAAAGUACCUUCGCAAAGUCCGCGAAACAGCCGAGAACUUCCUGGGUCACUCUGUAGACGGCUGUGUCAUCUCCACACCUGUCUACUUUGCCGACGCGGAGAGGGAGGCUUUGUUGAAGGCCGUGCAGGAGGCCGGAUUCGGAUCGGCGUACACUGUGCAUGAGCCCGUCGCGGCUGCGUUGGCCUACGACAAGGUCGCAGAGUUGAAUGCCGCCAGCAACGGGGAGAAGCUGACGGUGAAGAAAGACAAGCUCGUGGUGGUUCUGGAUUUGGGAGGUCACCAGUUUAACGCUACCGUUCUGUCCUCUAACAACGGCCUGUACACCAUCAUCGCCUCCGAAGAUGAUGAGCACCUGGGUGGAGAGGAGUUUGACGAGAUCCUGAUGAAGUUCGUAGCUAGCGACUUCAAGCGCAAGACGAAGAUGGACAUUGGCAACAACCGUCGUGCCCGCGCAAAGCUGCAAAAGGCCUGCGAGCAGACCAAACGAGCCCUGACGAGGCAGGACAACGCCCCUUGCUCAGUGGAGAGUCUGUUCGAGGGCCAGGACUACCACGGCACCGUCAAUCGCAUGCGAUUCGAAUCCCUCGCCGACUCGUUGAUCUCCCGCUGCAUGAGCCUCAUGAGACAAGUCCUGACCGAGGCUGAAGUCAAGGUCGAGGACAUUGACGAGGUCCUCCUGGUCGGAGGAGCCAGCAACAUGCCGCUCUUCCACCGCGCCACGAAGAACGUGUUCCCCUCCACCACCAUCCGCACCGAUGUGGAGCCACAGGAAGCCACCGCCGUCGGAUGCGCCGUUCAGGCCGGUAUCAUCGUCUCCACCCCCGCCAACCUCGACUACGCCGCCGCCUCGCAAAACACUGACGUCGUCAACGCUCAACAUCUCUCCCACCCCAUCGGGCUGGUCCUCGGUGACGGCAAGUUCCUCCCUGUGCUCCCCAAGCGCGCACCCAUCCCAUCGAGGCGUACCGUCUCAUUCGGCGUUGCUGAGGGCCAGAAGGAGGUCUACCUGCAAGUGUCAGAGCAGAAGUCGGAAAAGGAGUCGAUUCUCCUCGCUGAACUUGUCUUGUCUGACCUGCCCGCUGACCUGAAGACGUCCGGCGCCACGAUCGACGUUGUGUUCACAAUAGAGAAGGACGGUGUCCUCACCGUCUCGGCGAAGGAAAAAACGAGCGGGAACGUCGUCAAGGCGAAGAUUUCACGGAAGUAGGAAGACGCCGACGUAGGAAGAGAGUAACGUAACAUGUGGAAAAAGGCCCCCGAGUUUGCAACACCCACCCAUAAACUAUCUUAGCAUCUUUGUUUACACUGCCUUGGCGGUUUAGAAUCCAUUUUCGGUAUAAUUUACAUCGUUGUCCCGCAGCUUCGACUCCUUGCGUUCCACUUCCGAAGUACACUCGCAAU